AUGGACGCCACCACCGCCGCGGCUGUGAGGCGCCUCCUCCUCCCGCCCCGCGCCCUUCCGCCGGCGCCGCCGCGGGGCGCGGCGGUCUCCGCGAGCCCCCGGCGGCGAUUCCGGGCCGCCCCGGCGCGCGCGUCGCUGGACAGCGCCGCGGUCCUGCUCGACGCCGCGGCCGCGGUGGCCGCCGGUGGGACAGGUUACUCGCAGGCGAGCUAUUACACAUCGCUGGGGCUCUUCGUUCUCUCCGUGCCGGGGCUGUGGUCCCUCAUCAAGCGCUCCGUCAAGUCCAAGAUUGUGCAAAAGACAUUUAUCAAAGAGGAAGGGCAGUUGAUGGCGCCAAAUCAGGUGGCUGGAGAGAUCCUGUCGUUCUUCACACGCAACAAUUUCACCGUCUCAGACCGUGGGGAGGUCAUCACAAGGCGGCAACAACUGGUUCUGGCUUAUGACCCUAAGCCCCUUGGCGGAGUGUACUACUGGACAAAAGCAUCAAGGAAAGAAGAGAUCAAGGUCAAGAUGAUCCUAUCCGAUGAUGGGAAUGUAUCCGAGAUCCUUGUGCAGGGUGAUGACGUCCAAGUUGAACAGAUGAGGAAGGAGCUCAAGUUCAGCGAGAAGGGGAUGAUAUAUGUGAAGGGCAUCUUUGAGACAUGA